CGCACUAUCUUUGGCAUCACUCCUGAGCAAUUGUUGGCACGUGCUGAGAUGAAGGCUUCUGACCAACAGACAGAGAAGUUAGCCAGUGCUAUAGAGAAGAAGCUGGAGAGAGAAUGGGAUAAAAUGGCUUCAUUUAUGGAUCCAGCUGGAUAUUCCAUGUAUGACCUGGAGCAAGUUGUCAAAAUUCCUGUACUUGUGGAAGACACCAAGCGGAAAGUGGCAGAGGAGAGGAAUAAACUCAUCCACAGCAUGACACAGACAGACUGCCUCUUCCAGCAGGUUUACAGUCUUCUCCUGGAGUAUGGCAAAGUGCUGCUGGCCCUCAUGUCAAAACAACGACUGUCCCAUUAUCUGACACAACACCUCUCAAGCUGUACUGUCACACUCUCCAUUCAGCUCCAGAAACUAAGGUGAUUAUUACUUUGUUAUCUUUUCUUGUU